UGACUAGAUAAGGAGACCACGAAGAUAUAAAUAUACCACCCGGUGCUCUACGGAUCAUUCACAACAGUGACGGAGCACAGUGGUUUAGUGUUGCGUUGAAAAUUUUAUUCGUAGCAAUAAACUAAUAAAAUGGCACCAGAAAUCAAAUAUACCAAGAUCUUCAUCGAUAACCAAUGGGUUGACGCGAAAAGUGGCAAAACCUUCGACACCUACUACCCCCAUGAUGGCUCCGUCAUUGCGAAGGUUGCGGAAGGAGAUAAGGCGGACAUAGACGCAGCAGUUGACGCGGCGAAGCGCGCGUUCCACCGUAACUCGGAAUGGAGACAGUUAGAUGCGUCACAGAGGAGACUCACCCUCGACAAGUUUGCAGGCUUGUUGGCUCGCGAUGCGGAUUACCUCGCCCAGCUGGAGUCUUACAACAACGGCAUGGUUCUGACUAUGGCCAAGAUGAUGGCGCACUCAGCUGUCAACUUUACCAAAUACUUCGCCAGCCUGGCCGACAAGUUCCAAGGAAACACUAUUCCUGCAGACGGUGCUGUCUUCUCCUACACACUGAAGCAGCCGGUUGGAGUAUGCGGCCUGAUCCUGCCCUGGAACGCGCCUAUGUUGAUGUUCAUCUGCAAAGCUAUCCCUGCUUUAGCUGCCGGAUGCACAGUGGUGGUUAAGCCAGCAGAGCAGACACCACUGACAGCGUUGGCUCUUGGCGCGCUACUGGCCGAGGCAGGCGUGCCCGCCGGCGUGGUCAACAUCGUCCCCGGGUUUGGACCCGGCGCUGGAUCCUCCCUCACACACCACGCUAAAGUCUCCAAGAUCUCCUUCACUGGCUCUAUGGAGGUAGGGAAGAUAAUCCAGCAAGCAGCCGGAGCGGUGAACCUGAAGAGGAUCACCCUCGAACUGGGAGGCAAAAGUCCUCUGGUCAUUAUGAACGAUGCUGAUUUGGCUGCGGCUGUGCCAUACGCGGGGCGUGCUGUCUUCGCAAUGUCAGGACAAGUGUGCAUCGCUGCGUCGAGACUAUACGUCCAGUCAGGCAUAUACGACGAGUUCGUGAAAAGAGCUGCGGAAUUUGCGAAGGCUAUUAAGGUUGGAGACCCAACCGACCCCACUACUCAACAAGGUCCUCAGACUGAUGAGCCUACGAUGAGUAAAGCCUUGGGAUACAUUGAGAAGGGUAAGGCGGAAGGUGCUAAGCUACUUGUGGGUGGCAAGCGAAUUGGCAACAAGGGAUACUACAUCGAACCGACUGUAUUCGCUGAUGUCAAGGAUAACAUGUCCAUUGCUACAGAUGAGAUCUUCGGCCCUGUGCAAAGCAUCCUAAAGUUCGACACCCUUGAGGAAGUGAUCGACCGUGCCAACAACACCAACUACGGUCUCGCUGCUGGCAUCUUCACCACCAACAUCAACUCUGCCCUGCAGUUCAGCAAAUAUGUUGAAGCCGGCACUGUCUGGGUUAACGACUACAUGACUUUAGCGCCACAAACACCAUUUGGAGGUUUCAAGGAUUCCGGACUUGGUCGCGAAUAUGGUCGUGACUGCCUAGAUGCGUACCUAGAAGUAAAAACCGUUACUAUUAAUCUUCCUAAGAAGAUUUAAGUUUCAGUCAUUAGAAAGAUUGAAUUACUUAGGACUGAAUUUAAAAUAAGUUUUAAGUGUACUUACUGUAUUAUAUUGUUUUCUUAAUAAUAAACCUAUUGUUAAAUAA